AGCACGUUUGACAUUGAUAUUCCUUGUUUAUUCUUCAACGAACUGGGAUUAACUGAAAAUCCCGUUUUGCUGUCAUCUUCUGGUUCUGCUUCCCGUGAAUUUCUGAUAUCAUAUUUUCCACACACCAUUGAUCCUUUCAAUUAAUCUUUUCUUCAUUCAAAUCUCUCUCUUCAGUCUCUCUCACACCACACAAUCACACACUCACAAUGCCAUGAAGAAUCCCAAAUUCAUCAUCCUCCAUGUCGUCCAACCCUCCCCCGCCGCCGCACUCUUCGCACAAACCCGGUCAAGACCAUCCUGCCCCUGGAAAACCGUCAUCGCCAGCCGGAAGAGCUAAGCUCCUGAAGAUCCCGCCCAUUCCUAUUCGACGGAGUAAUUUAGGCAAUGAAGAGGAGAAAGAAGAGGAAGAUGAAUGCUCUGAAUCUUCUUCCAUCUUGCUGGCGUCCUCUUUAGGGCUCAAUAACAUUCGAACGCGUUCUUCCGCUUCGCCUCUUCGCUAUUCCUCCUCCGUUGGCGCUCCUUCCUUUCUCACACAGAAUGCUGCUGUCACCAUCAAUGACGCCAGAUUUAGAACAAGAUUGAAUUCCCAUCCACAAAGAGACCUAGGGGAAAAAGUUCAUUUGCAUCAAUCCAGAUCGCUCAGAGCUCAUUCGCAACUCAUUCCUGUGCUAGAGGGUCAUCAUGGAGCUUUCGCCAAAGAAAUGCAAUCCCCACGUUUUCAGGAAAUCUUGCGACUUACUAGUGGACGCAAAAAGAGAAAUCCUGAUAUCAAAAGCUUUUCCCAUGAACUCAACUCCAAGGGAGUCAGACCAUUUCCAAUCUGGAAACAUCGUGCCUUUGGCCACAUGGAGGAAGUCAUGGGGGCGAUUAGAGCUAAGUUUGAGAAAUUAAAGGAAGAAGUUGAUUCUGACUUGGGUGGUUUCGCUGGAGAUUUGGUGGGCAUUCUUGAAAAAAACUUAGUGUGUGAUCGUGAAUGGAGAGAGAGGCUGGAGGAUCUGUUGAUUGUUGCUCAACAAUGUGCAAAGAUGUCUCCUACCCAGUUUUGGAUCAAAUGCGAGACUAUAGUUCAAAAUCUAGAUGACAAACGUCAAGAAUUGCCAGUGGGGAUACUCAAGCAAGCUCAUACACGUCUACUGUUUAUUCUCACUCGUUGCACUCGAUUAGUGCAAUUUCAGAAGGAAAGCGGAAUUGAACAAGACCACAUUCUGGGUCUUCACCAACUCAGCGACCUUGGGGUCUAUUCUGAGCAAAUUUUGAAGGCUUCACAGGAAAAUUCUAGUAUUCAACCUGCUGGACACGAGACCUCUGACAAACAGUUAAAAAUGUCACGUAGUAAAGAGAAAGACAAACCGAUAACAACACAGGGUAAAGCUGACCAACAAGUAAGUGUGGCGAUUGACAACCCGGAGGUUGGUACAGCCAAGAGUGUUGAAUCAACUCCUGGCAGCUAUAGGAUGUCUUCUUGGAGAAAGUUUCCAACUGCUGAGAAAAAGCGAAAAGACCAAGAUGCUGCAGAUACCCCAUCCAAAGGUGAAAUGGACCACUUGCUAAUAAAUGCUGAAAAUUUGGAUACUUCCUCUUGUCAUCCUGAUCAUUCACAAUCAUCCUCAAGAACACGAAAGGUUUCUUGGGGAUUUUGGGGAGACCACCAUACUCUUACAUAUGGGGAUUCGAUGAUAUGCAGGAUUUGUGAGGUUGAAAUACCGAUUGUACAUGUGGAGGAGCAUUCAAGAAUAUGCACAAUUGCGGAUAGAUGUGAUUUGAAAGGUUUAACUGUAAACGAGCGGCUUGAAAGAGUUUCUGAAACCAUUGAAAGGAUAAUGGAAUUCUGGACACCCAAAAGCACUGAUACUCCUGGAGAAAGCUUUGACCUCGCCGCUUCAAAUGUGCUUGAAGAGUUCAAUGAUUUAUCUCUAGAGAGAAAUAACCUGACACUUAGAUGCUCUGAAGACAUGCUCGACUCUACAGAUCCUGACAAUACUUUUCUCAUGGACGAUCUGAACCUUUCACCCAGAACAUCAUGCGAGGCUCGCAUCUGUGUAAAACAUGAUCAUGGAACAAAGGUAUCUUCAGCUGGGAGCUUGACACCGAGAUCACCAUUGGUAACACCACGAACCACUCAGGUGGAACUGUUACUAAGUGGACGGAGAACAUUGUCUGAACUUGAAAGUUGUGAACAGAUAAGCAAGCUAGUUGAAAUAGCCCGUGCUGUCGCAAAUGUGAACAACUGUGACUACAGUGCUCUGGAGUAUAUGCUUGAUCGCUUAGAAGACCUGAAAUAUGCCAUUCAAGACAGAAAAGUGGAUGCCCUUAUUGUGGAGACUUUUGGACGACGAAUAGAGAAACUUUUGCAGGAGAAAUAUAUAUCCCUUUGCGGGCAGAUAGAAGAUGAAAAGGUGGACUCAUCAACUAGCGUAGCUGAUGAAGAGAGUUCAGUGGAAGAUGAUGCAGUUCGUAGCCUUCGUGCUAGCCCUAUUAAUACUUGUUCCAAGGACCGAACCUCUAUUGAAGACUUUGAAAUAAUAAAACCCAUAAGUAGGGGUGCAUUUGGACGAGUUUUUCUUACCCGAAAAAGAGCAACCGGUGAUUUAUUUGCUAUAAAGGUUCUGAGAAAGGCCGAUAUGAUCCGUAAAAAUGCAGUUCAAAGUAUUUUGGCUGAGAGAGACAUACUUAUAUCAGUUCGAAAUCCUUUUGUGGUUCGAUUUUUCUACUCUUUCACAUGUCGGGAAAAUCUUUAUCUAGUUAUGGAGUACUUGAAUGGUGGAGAUCUUUAUUCGAUGUUGAGAAAUCUAGGGUGCUUAGAUGAAAACAUGACUCGAGUAUAUAUUGCAGAAGUUGUUCUUGCAUUGGAGUAUUUGCAUUCCUUAAAUGUGAUUCACAGAGACCUGAAGCCAGAUAACUUACUGAUUGGUCAAGAUGGCCAUAUUAAGUUAACAGAUUUCGGGCUCUCCAAGGUUGGUCUUAUCAACAGCACAGAUGAUUUAUCAGCGCCAUCGUUUUCGGCCAUCCUAGAAGACGACGAUAUGCCAAAACCUAGCAAUUCUUCAAAACGGGAAGAGCGUCAAAGACAAUCAGUAGUUGGCACUCCGGAUUACCUGGCACCUGAAAUACUUCUUGGCAUGGGACAUGGUGCAACUGCUGAUUGGUGGUCUGUGGGUGUCAUAAUGUAUGAGCUUCUUGUGGGUAUUCCACCAUUUAAUGCUGAACAUCCACAGCAAAUUUUUGAUAACAUAAUUAACAGAGACAUACAAUGGCCCAAUAUUCCUGAUGAGAUCAGCUUUGAAGCAUAUGAUUUGAUAAAUAAAUUAUUGAACGAAAACCCAGUCCAAAGAUUAGGCGCGACAGGGGCUACAGAAGUUAAGCGCCACGCCUUCUUCAAAGAUAUCAAUUGGGAUACACUAGCAAGGCAGAAGGCCAUGUUUAUUCCAUCGGCUGAAGGUCAUGAUGAUACAAGUUAUUUUAUGAGCCGGUACAUUUGGAAUCCCGAGGACGAACACUGUCUCGGAGGUAGUGAUUUUGAUGAGAUUAGUGGUUCCGGCAGCAGUGGUUCCGGCAGCGCUGUGUUAGAUGAAGAUGGUGAUGAGUGUGGUAGUUUAACAGAGUUCGGUGCUCAUGCUCUUGUUGAUCCGUACUCGUUUAGUAAUUUCUCGUUUAAGAACUUGUCUCAGUUGGCUUCUAUCAAUUAUGAUUUGGUGAUUAGGAACUCCGGGGAAUCAACUCAAUGACUCCAGGGAUUCAGAUAAUUAUGAUUUCAUGAACAAUGCCAAUGAGGAUUAUAAGUUUGUCCAAACAGUUGGAUUUGCAAUGCGACUUGUUUAGUACUCAGUCUAUUGUCGUGUAUCUAUCACCACUGUAUUCAUAAGAUUUUAGAUGCAAUGCGACUUGAUCCGGUAGUCGGUUUUUCUUGUAUUUUCUCACUUUCAGUUUAGACUGACAAUUACUUAUUUAUUUUAGGAUUUCAUAGAUCGACACUCCUUGUAUUCUUUUAUCUUUUUGCCUCAGUAAAUAGUCUCUUGUUACCCAAUACAGAAACCUUGACCUUAAAAUUGUGGGUAAUUAAUUAAUUAAUGUAUUUCAUUUUCUU